CUGAUUUAUGUAGUUGUCACUGGCGCAACAGACGGCAUUGGAAAGAGCUACGCUAAAGAGUUAGCCAAGAGAGGCCUGAACGUCUACCUCCUUGGUCGCAAUCUCGAGAAGCUGGCGUCCACUACAGGCGAAAUAGCGAAAAAUUUAGAGAAAGUCGCCCCCAACUGUGAAAUUCGAUCGCUGGUUGUAGACUUCAGCGUUGCCGACGCCAAGAAAUACGAAGAUAUCGAACAGCAGCUACGGACCAUCGACGUUGGAGUGUUGGUCAACAACGUCGGAAUAAGCUACAACUAUCCUGAAUACUUCAGCGAAUUAGAAGACGGUGCUUCGAUGACCAGAAUUUUUCUGCCAAAGAUGCUUGGCAAGGGUCGCGGAGCAAUCAUCAACAUUUCUUCUGCCCUUUGUGAUUUUCCUACGCCCCUACUGUCAUUGUACGGCGCUACAAAGUCGUUCGUCUACUACUUUACAAGAAGCAUACAGGAAGAGUACCGCCGAUCUGGUAUCAUAAUUCAGGGAGUGAUGCCAUUUUAUGUCGUCUCAAAAAUGUCCAAAAUACGUUCAGCCAGUUAUUUCGUUCCAUACACGGAUGACUUCGUCGAAGCUGCAUUGGAUACCCUUGGCCUGCAGCAAUGGACCUACGGCUGUUUGCCACACGCUAUAUUGGGAAUGUUUAUCAGUUAUAUUCCUGAGAGGCUGUUCAGCUGGUUCACAAAGCGUUACUUGUUGCAGAUACGUAAAAAGUACCUGUCAAAGAAAACAGCGUAACU